AUGAUCCGACACGGUGAAUCGGCGGAUAACGUCACCGGUAACUUGAUCCCAAUCCUGUGUGGGGGAGGGGCUCCCUCCGCUUUCUCGCGUUCGAUCACGAACUGAUCGAUACUUUGGCCUUCCUCACCUUGUGUAGCAAUCUGGGCCGGUCAUCGAGAUGCUCCCUUGACGAAUCAUGGUUUCAAUCAAUCGAUGAGACUGGCGAAUCAUUUUCAGGACGUGCCGCUCACGGGUGCGUUUCAAGAGUGGAGGGUGGAGGGUGGGGGGUGGGGGGCAUGAGAUGCGGGUGGAUGGGAUCGGGGAGGGGUUGGGCGCGAGUCUGCGCCAAUUAUGAGAAUGCACUCUCCUCUGAGAACGCACUCUCCUCCUCCCCCCCCAAGUAAGCGAGGAGCGCAAACCUACUGAAAGCGCUGACCUCCCUUCCCCUGACCCCCACCACCGUAGCGGUUUAUUGCUCGGACCUGAAACGAGCCCAAACGACCGCUCGCAAUAUCACUUCGUUGAACAAGACACAACCCCCACCACCGUUUACGGUCUCGCCUCUUUUGAGGGAACAGUUCUUUGGAGGUGCGUUGGGUUGGGUUCGGGCGAGGCGUGAAAUUUUCCACCCGAUCGAAAGGCGUAGUAGGUUCGAUUGCUGACAGUUGCGAUCGUCUUACCCCUCAACAGAAGCCGAAGGAUGGCCCUGGAACGCCGGCCUUUAUUCUUCCUCCCACCUACCCUGGGAAGACCACCGAGCGUUCCGUUUGGCGCCUUACGCCGAAUCCUUGAACGACGUCUCCCUCCGAGCCGACAAAGUCGUUCGUCAUUUCGUGCUCCCCCACCUCAUCGCCUCUUCCGAAUCCUCUACGCCGCAACACAUCUUGCUCGUGGCGCAUGGUAUUUGGUUGAGUGAGAUGAGGUACGCGUUUGCGCGGGCUCAGGACCCUCAAGUGAGGUUCGUCAAGAGCGGGGGUUAUUUGAACACGGCUUGGAGUCGAUUCGAGUUGGGAUUGGUGCGAGAGGGGGAAGUCGUAGACAGGGUUCAGAACGAGUUACCCGAGCCUGAGGAGAGUGGUGGAUCUACUGGGGAGGAGGAGGAGGUGGUGGUGGUGGAGGAGACGGCUUUGAGUAGUAGUAGUGCUACGAACGCGCGUCCGACGAACGGGAGAGAAUCCGACCUCUCCUCCUCCACUGUGCCCGAAUCGAUCCGACUUCUCCUUCCAACAAUACCGGACCUACCCCCACGAAACCCCGCGCUGCCUCGACCUUAUCCCAACGACGUACCCCUGCCUCGAAUUAGAUUCAAGGUCCUCGCUACGAACCAGGCCGAACAUCUGGAAGGGUUGGUGAGGACCAAGGGGGGUAUAGGGAGUAGUGCGCAUGAUGAGAACCAGAGGGGUUUGCAGGAGUUUUUCGGUGGAGGUGGCAAGUAG